GACGCAAACGUGGCCGUCCUGGGCGGCGGCCUGACGGGCUUGACGACGGCGUACUACCUUGCCAAGUGGCUGCCUCCGACGGCCAAGAUUACGCUGCUGGAGGCGAGCGAUCGCCUGGGCGGCUGGAUCAAGACGGAUCGGGUGCCGGUCAAGGUCGGCGGCGUGGAGGGCGUCGUGAGUUUCGAGAGGGGGCCGCGGUCGUUGUCGUCGUUGAACAAGAGCACGUGGAGGUUUGACGACCUGGUGCUGUGGGAUCUGGCCCUGGACCUUGGCCUCAGGGUCGUCUCGCCGCCCGACAAGCCCCGAUACAUCUACUAUCCCGACCAUCUCGUGCCGCUUCCACCACAUACCAGCUUGGCUGCCUUUGCCAGCGAGCCCCUCGUUCUCGAGUCACUUUGGGCAGGCUUUGGAUACGUGCUGCGACGUUUGUUUAGUCGAAAGGCCGGAGUUCCGGUACAAGAUCUGUCCAUUGCCGACUGGAUCCAGCACAUCACCGGCAGCAGAGCCGUGGCGGAGAACCUGGCCUCGGCCAUGGUCCACGGCAUCUAUGGCGGCGACAUCUACACUCUCAGCGCGCGGAGCGUCCUCGACAGGUUCUACUGGGUUCACUAUCUGCCGGCCCUGGGGCCCGACGUGCGCCACAUGGCCCUGUCGGAGCAGGUCUUCAUGGAGGCCAUGGGCCAGGACCCGCUGAUCCGGAAGCUGGCGCAGCAGCCGAGGGGCGCGCUGCUGAACUUUGGCGAGGCAGGCAUGGAGACGCUGCCGAUUGCGCUGGCUGAUGCGCUCAACGGGCAGGCGAAUGUCGAGGUGAAGCUCGGGGCCAAGGUCACCGGCCUCGAAUAUGAGUCUGAGACUGAGAUGAUGAAGAUUACAACAACAGGCCAAGACGACUCGCCCGCUGAAAAAUACCACAAGGUCAUCUCCACCCUCCCCUCACAACACCUCGCCCGCAUCACCGACACCCUUCCCAGCCUCGCCUCCUCCCAUGCCGUGUCCAUCAUGACCGUCAACAUCUGGUACCCCCAGACGAACCUCAAGCCCCCCGGCUUCGGCUACCUCAUCCCGCUCUCCGUGCCCGCGGAGCAAAACCCCGAGCGCGCCCUGGGCGUCUUCUUCGAUUCCGACGUCGGCGUCAGGGGCCCCGACGAGCCAGCCGGCACGAAGCUCUUCGUGCUCAUGGGCGGCCACUACUACGACAAGAAGCAGCCGGGCGCGUCCGUCCGCGUGCCGUCCGAGGAAGAGGCCAUCGAGCAGGCAAAGAGGGUGCUCGAGCGGCACCUCGGCAUCCCGCAGUCGACGCCGUGCUUCGCCAUGGCCCGCCUGGCAAGCGAGUGCAUCCCGCAGUACGUGUGCGGCCACCAGGACACCAUGGCUGCCGCGGACGAGGACCUGCGCGACAGCUUCGACGGCAGGCUCGCCGUGGCGGGGGGGUCGUACACCAAGAUUGGCGCCAUGGGAGCGCUGCGCAACGGGUACGACAUUGCGAACACGGUGGUGAGGGAGGACUGGUUGACGACGGGGCUGGAGCAGCUGGAGUUUCCGACGCAGUUUUGCGGGGUGCCGACGGAGAGGAUCCCCGUGAGGAGGUUUUCUAGACGGUGA